CCAUCCAAAUUUUGAAGGCUUUCAUCACAUGGGGAAUAUUGAUCACAGCAAAAUCACCCUAAAAAACCAUCCAAAAUUUGGAGGUUUUCAUCACAUGGGGAAUGAUGACAGCAAAAUCGCGGCAGAUGGCGAAUCCGGCAAACUUCCAGAAGAAAUCACGGCGAAUGAUCACAGCAAAACUGCUGCAGAUGCAGAUGGCGAAUCCGACAAGCUUCCACAAGAAAUCAUUCAGCACAUACAAUCUCUUCUGCUUGAAAAAGAAGCUGCUCGAACCUCUCUCCUAUCCAAGUCCUGGCACGGCGCGUGGACCACGCGCCCCAACCUCAGUUUCGAUCAAUCCAAGUUCCGGAAUUGCGUGGAUGAGUUCCCCAUAUUCACGAAGAAGACCAUGCAGAGGUGUCAAGACUUGAACCUAAAUAUUAAGAGUUUCAAGCUGACGAUAUCCAGUAAGAAGAAGACUAUGCAGAGCUCCAAGCCAAGGAUUGAAAAAGGUAACGACGAUUCUGAACUAGCUAGAGAAUUGAUUUUGAGAGCGAUCAAACUGGGGGCUACUGAUCUCACCAUUGAGCUUCCAUUCUCGGAGGCUCGUAGGUUUUUUGUUCUACCAGAUGAGGUGCUCGAAUCCAAAACCCUAGUUAGAUUAUCCGUUUCGGGGCUCUUGAUUGAUCUGGAGAGGAGGAAUAAAGCAGUAGCUUGUCCCAAUCUGAAACACCUUUGGUUAUCCCAUUCGAGUGUAAAAGGUGAUUUAGUUAGGGAUUUGAUUUCGAGAUGCCCAGGCAUUGAGGUAUUAACACUUACUCACACGAGGUUGUUUGGAGAAGAGAGAAGAAGAAGAUGGAGUCCCUCUCAUGACCAGUUUCGUAAUCUCAAGCGUUUGCGUUUGAUUGGUUUGGGUGUUGAACUGCAUCAUUGUGAUGAGCUGUGGAACAAGUCUCCUUCCCUCAAAGUGUUGGUGAUUUGGGAUUACAGCUCCGAUCACGUGAGAAUUUGCAGCCCAUCGCUUGAGCGCAUAACCUUACGCUUAUUCUGUAGCAGAAGAAUCUGGGACGGAAUCUGGAAUGGGGAGUUUGAUGUUCCAAAUAUUCAAAAUUUUAAGAUUACUGCUGGUUGUGAUUUUUUUGCGCCGCUCCUCAAAAUCAAAAGCUGUGGUAUGGAAUGGGAGAUCAAAGGCACUGAUAUCUUGAAAACGCACAAACUAUCUAGAUUUUCUCUUCAGAUGCAAGGUGAUAGGUGA